GAAGUUUUGGCCCCUUCGCUCGGUCCCUCCCUCGGUUUCUUGUUCAGCUCACAGGAAGCGCGAGACAUUCCGCGGGUGAGGAAGGAGAUGUGAGCUGGAGUCCCGGAUAAUCACCCCAGAACUGCCCCAGCUCCCUCACAGGACCCCUCCAGGGUGUGAAACCGAAUGGAGAAUGUCUAGACGUGGAUGUUUCAAGAGUACAAAGCACAGGGCGUCCACGGAGCAAUGCGAGGCACCUCAGGAGUCAGGGAUUCAUGUCUACCUGUUUUGGACCAAAGCUGGAGACUGUUACCUGACUCACCAGGAUGGAGAAGUGUCGGCGGAGGAGCUCCUGAUCCGGGCAGCAGAAGCUGUCGGGAUCACGCCCGUGUGCCACAUUCUGUUUGCGCUGUACGAUCCGUCGUGCUCUUGCUGGUACAGCCCUAACCACAGGUUCGACCCCAAAAAACAGUCGAGCCUGAUACUUCAUUUCCGCAUGAGGUUCUACUUUCGGAACUGGCACGGACUGAACGAGAAGGAGCCCAUGGUGUCGCGUUACACCAGUCAGACGGGGAGCGAGCAUGGAGCCGCACCCCUGCUGGAGAUCACAUCUCUAGAGUACCUGUUUGCUCAGGCAAAGUGUGAUUUUGUGAACGAUGUGACAUCGCUGGAGGACGUGACGGGUGAGGCAGAGAUCAGUGGCUUUAAAAACGAGAGCUUGGGCAUGGCGGUGCUGCACUUAUCUCACAAAGCUCUCCAGCUUAACACCUCUCUACAGGAAGUGGCCAAACAGACCAGCUUCCUGCACUGCAUCCCGCGCUCGUUCUCUCGCCACAUCGCACGAGACAACUUUCUAACCAAGUUCCGAAUCCGCCGUGUGUUCGCUGACUUCAUGCGAAGCUUCCAGCAGCACACGGUGGGUCAGGGCAGGCUCGGCUCUCAGGAAGUCAUGUAUAAGUAUCUGUCCACGCUGGAGCGCCUGGCCCCGCGCUUUGGCACAGAGACCUUCUCCAUCUUCCACCUGGACCUGAGACCAGACGGCGACGGCAGCGGAUCGUAUCUGAACGCCUCGCGGGCACGUGAGCCCCUGGAGGAGAUGACCUGCACUCAGCCCACACACGAGGUCAUGAUCUCUGGCACCACUGGCAUCCAGUGGAGGAAGGUCCCGGCUCACAGGGCUCAGGAUAAUAACUAUAUGGGAAAUGACUACCUGACUAAGAGGAAGCGAGAGAAGCAUGAGGUCACUCAUCAGGAGAUUAACACGCAAGAAAGCUGGAAUGUGUUCUGCGACUUCCCUGAAAUCUCACAUAUCGCCAUAACAGGAGUAAACGUCUGCAUCAGCCGGCAAGACAACUUUGCAAUGGACUUGCGCCUGAAGUCCACUCUUGAGGCGCGCUCUCUGGUGUCACUGCUCGACGGGUAUUUCCGCCUGACAGCAGACGCUCAUCACUACCUCUGCCAUGAGGUGGCACCACCCAGAGUGGUCCUGGGCGAGGCUAACGGCCUUCACGGUCCAAUACUCGAUGAAUUCGUGCUGCAGAAGCUGAAGAAGGAACACGUAGAUGACGGCGCAUACCUUCUGCGCUGGAGCGUUCUGGACUACCGGCGGAUCAUAUUAGCGGUGCUGAGUAGGGCUGAGGAUGGACAGAAUCACACGCAUAAGCAGUUCAGGAUCAUGCAGAAGGGCUCGGUGUUCAUGCUGGAGGGCUGGGAGCGAGAGUUCUCCAACGUCAAGGAGCUCACAGAGAGCCUGAAGACCUUCGUGCUAAAGUCUGGUCAAGACUGCUUCACCGUAAAGAAGUGCUGCCUGCCCAGACAUGCAGAACUGUCAAACCUCCUGGUAAUGAGGCAGGGCACCAACGGCAAUCCCAAGCCUCUUUCUGAAACCCUCAACCUGUGCCAGCUGAGAUUCCAUCAGAUUAAAGACAAGGAGAUUAUACAGGAGCAGCACCUGGGCCGUGGCACCAGGACCAACAUCUAUUCGGGUCGCUUGAUGGUGCGCAGCGGAGUGGAAGACGAUGAAGAUGAAUGGAACAACAAUCUCACCAAUGGAAAAGGCAUUCGUGUGGUUCUGAAGAUCCUGGAUCAGAGCCACAAGGACAUUGCGCUGGCAUUCUUUGAGACUGCGAGCCUUAUGAGUCAGGUUUCUCACUCUCACCUGGUUUUUGUGCAUGGUGUUUCAGUCAAAGGAUCUGAGAACAUAAUGGUGGAAGAGUUUGUCGAGUUUGGCCCUUUAGAUGUCUUCCUGCACAAAGAGAAGGCUCGUGUAACCCCUCAGUGGAAGUUCACGGUGGCGAAACAGCUGGCCAGCGCCCUCUGUUAUCUUGAAACGAAACGCCUGGUUCAUGGGAAUGUGUGUGCGAAGAACAUUCUGGUCGCUCGUAAGGGACUGGAGGAGGGCACGUUUCCGUUUGUGAAGCUGAGUGACCCGGGCAUAGCGCUAACUGCACUCUCACGUGGAGAACGAGUGGAGCGCAUUCCAUGGAUCGCUCCGGAGUGUGUGCUGUGUGACUCUGUCAUAGGCAGCGCUGCAGAUAAGUGGAGCUUUGGAGCCACGCUGCUGGAAAUCUGCAACAACGGAGAUCUGGCAAUGAGCGGCAGCACUUUGCCGGAGAAAGAGCGUUUCUACGAGACCCAGAGUCGCCUGGCGGUUCCGUCUUCUCAGGAGCUGGCCAGCUUCAUCAGCAUGUGUCUGACCUACGACCCCGCAGCCAGGCCCUCGUUCAGGACCAUUCUCCGGGAGCUGACAGAAAUACAGAUAAAGAACCCGGACAUUUCUUCUGACUGCGAGGCGCUUCCAGAUAGAGAUCCUAGCAUCUUCCUUAAGCGGCACCUGAAGAAGAUCCGAGACUUGGGAGAGGGGCAUUUUGGGAAAGUGAUGCUGUACGUAUACGACCCUGCCAACGAUGGCACUGGAGAGUAUGUGGCAGUGAAGACCCUCAAGCAGGACGGAGGCAAUCACCUCCAUGACUCUUGGAUGAAGGAGAUUGAAAUCCUAAAAUCACUCUACCAUAAAAACAUUGUUAAGUACAAAGGCUGUUGCACUGAACUGGGUGGCCAGGUGGUCCAGCUAAUCAUGGAGUACCUUCCACUGGGAAGCCUUCGGGAGUACCUGCCCAAACACCGUCUGGGAUUCACACAGAAUCUGCUCUUCGCCCAACAAAUCUGCCAGGGAAUGGAUUACCUGCACUCGAAACGAUACAUCCAUCGGGACCUGGCUGCUCGUAACGUUCUGGUAGAGAACGAGGGAGUGGUGAAGAUCGGUGACUUCGGCUUGACAAAGUACAUUCCUGAGGGCGAGGUGUAUUACAGGGUUCGAGAGGAUGGAGACAGCCCUGUCUUCUGGUAUGCCAUCGAGUGUCUGAAAGAAAGCAAGUUUUCCUUUUCCUCUGAUGUCUGGUCUUUUGGAGUGACACUGUAUGAGAUUCUGACACGCUGUGACCAUCGUCAAAGUCCACCUGCGAAAUAUGUGGAGAUGAUGGGGAUGGUACAAGGUCAGAUGACAGUGAUGAAAUUGAUUAACCUUUUGGAGAAGCACAGGCGUCUGCCAUGUCCUCGGGACUGUCCACAUGAGGUGUACAUGCUGAUGGAGCAGUGCUGGGACUUCAGACCAGCAAAUCGUCCAACAUUUAAGUUCCUGGCCGAGUCUUUGGAGGAAAUUCGUCGUACAUACGAGGAACCUGCAGUGCGGCUUGCUCAGAUUAACAAUCGCUGAACAGUAUAUCGCACUUUACAGUAUAUCUUACUUCCUGAUGAUGUGAUGCCACUGGUUAUAAAAACAGAAGUUGCUUCUUUGUUCUAGUAACACAUUGAUCCACUCUGUUCCUCAAGUGCUCUUUGUCGAUAUCUGUGAUGAGACUUUAUUUCUUGGUGUGACUGUGUGUAUUGUAAAUAGAUGUUUUGCUGGUAUUUUACAAUUUUAUUUCAUUACUUCACUGCUCUGCCUUAAGCAUAUACAGUUUAAACAUAUUGUUAUUUUCUUUAGUUUUUAAUAUGUUUUUGUUUCUCCCCCUUUUUUAUUUUAAAUGAAAUGACUGGCUAAUGUAAACCAAAGUUGCUUCUGAAAGGGCUUAAUAGUUGACCCUGUUUUGCCAAAUUUGCACCUUAUUAUUUAGGAACUUUGCCUGAAUAUUUGUUUACUGUAUUUAUUUGCCAAUUUUUAAUCAAAAGAAUAAUUUUACCCAUAAUACUCAAAGGACUCCAGCGUUAUAUAAAAUGCUCAGAGAUUCAUUUUGUUGAAUGAGAAUGUAAUGAUGGAUGGAUGGAUGAAUACAGGACUCAGGCGUACACACCAAUUAUCGCUUUAAUAAAAAUCAGUGUUUCAAACCAUUGGAAACUUUUUUUAACAUUGAACUGAAAUUAGUCAAUGUUUUUCAAUAGUUAUUAUCAUUGAUAUGCAGUACAUUUUGUUUUAAAAUUAUUUCAUGAACAAACAUCUUAUCCUUCUUAGUUAAAAGUCAAAGUGCCCAGCCAAACAUGUACUCAAAAACAAAUAUAUAAAUGUUUAUAACUGAU